AUGAUCACCGUCCCCAUCCCCAAGCGCGACGCCUGGAUCGUCGUGAACGUCCAGGCCGAGACCGAGGACCUCUGCAGUCCGCGUCUGGAGGCCAGCUCCGCGUUCUACGCGUUCGCAUCGAUCGUCACGCGCGUCGAGGUCGCGCCAGAAGACUCGUAUCUGCGACUGAACGUGCUGCAUUUGUCGGUACCCGCGUGGAUCGACGUGUCCGUCUUCAACAUCCUCGGCGAGGAGCUCAAGCACGUGACCCAUCCGUUGUUCUAUCGGAAUCUCACCACGCUCACGGUGGGCGGUCUGCACCCCAAUUCGCGCUAUCGCGUCACGUGGAGGAUCUCCGACCACUCCCAAUUCGCCAUUCAGAACCAAACUCAAGUCGUCACCAAGCCUUUCCAUCCGCCCGAACUCAAACUUCACGUUCUCUAUGCCGGAUCCACGUCGAUCCUGGUUCGCUUCUGGGCAUCUAUCACUGCACAAGCGCGUUGUCGAUUCGCUCCGAGCGAUUCGGACUCCAGCUUUGGCUCUGGAUCGGAAUCGAGCUCCAACUUUGGAUCCAAAUCUGUUUUUGAAUCGAACUCUCAAUCCAAAUCUGCCUUCGAAUCGAACUCUCAAUCCCACUCUUCAUUCGAAUCGACCUUCAACUCGAAUCCUCACUCCGAUUCAGCCUCCGAUUCGCCCCCUAUUCAUCCCUACGACGCCUGGUCCAUUCGCAUCGGCCGUCUCUCCUCUGCCGAAGAGACGCUCCGCUCCCUCUCCGCUCCGCCCUCCAGCCACGUUCUCUGGUGCCUUCUCUUCGACGAGGCUGGCGAAGUCCACCUCUCCUCCGCGCCCUCCCGCGUUUCCUUCUCUCUCCGCCCAUCCCCGCGGCAAGAGCCCGCGCAAGUGCUCUCCAUCUCUCCUCCCGCCUCGCUGCGUCUGCUCCCCUACGGCACGCGCGUCACCGUCCAGUUCUCGCGCCCCAUCACGCUCCGCGAGCCCGACCGUCUGCUCUACUACCGAGCCAGCGACGGCCUCUCCGUCUACGCGCCCGCGCAGCCCUCCGUGGUCCAGGACUCGCCGUCCUCCUUCUCCUUCCUGCUCCAGCCCGCCCACACCGACGUUCCGGUCGACGUGUGUCUGCUCUCUGCGAGCAGCGUGCUCGAUGCGCAGACCGGACGCCCCGCAGUCUUCCCGCCCGUUUCGUCUUCGCCGGCGGGGCUGGCGGGGCUGGCGGGGCUGGCCGGUUCGUCGAAUUCGAAAUCGAAAUCGAAAUCUUCGUCCAGUGCUUCGAGUUCUUCAUCGAAUGGCUCAUCCACCUCAUCAAAGUCGUCAUCUUCGCCGUCAUCUUCGCCGUCCCCCUCCUGCCUCUCCAUCUAUCGCAUCAUCGUCCCCGGAGGUGCGUCCUCGCUCCUCUCUUCUCUCUAG